UCAGCCAUCUCGGUAGCUUGAUAGAGGAAAUAGCCGAACCAAUAUAGCUCUUUAGACGCUUUAGUGUAUAUUAGCCACUGUGUUUUAAAACCCACUUCUGUCGUCUAGAUAGUUAUCCGAUUUAAUUUCAUAUUUACGUUGUUAUUGGUCAGCUAGCUGGCUUGUUAAGUUAGCAUUAGCCUAGCUAGCUAACUGUUAGCCCUCAUCCCCCGACCAUGAGUUCACCAAGCUACUCUCCUCUUGAUGAAGAGGAGGAGGAGGUCUGCUGGACGGAGAAAGAGGGUCUGUGGCUGAAUGUUGUUGUGAAAGAGGAGAAGGAAGAAGAGGAUGUCACAGUAACAAAAGUAGAGGAAGAGGAGGUUGUUACAGUAAAACAAGAAGUAGAGGGUGAGGAUGUUACAGUGAAAGAAGAGGAGGACGCGUUCAGAGUGAAAGAGGAGGAAGGUAUUACAGUAAAAGAAGAGGAGGGAGAGAUAACUGUCAUAUUGGAAGAGGAAGAGGUUGGAGACCUGAUUAACACCAGAGAGAGACAAGACUAUCGUGGAUCCUCUGGGGAGCCUCAACAACAUCAUGAUGCUGAUGAGGCAGAGAAGAGUCUCUCGAGAGCAGAAAACCUAAAGAAACCCCAGCAGAGACCCACAGGGAAGAAAUAUCACCACUGCCCGGACUGUGGGAAGAGUUACUCAAGAUCAGAUUCACUAAAAGUACACUUGAGAAUUCACACAGGAGAGAAACCUCACUGCUGCUCUGACUGUGGGAAGAGAUUCACCUCUUCAGCAGACCUUAGAAGACAUGAGAGAAUCCAUACAGGAGAAAAACCUUAUAGCUGUAAUCAAUGUGGGAAGAGUUUCACAACAUCUAGCCAGCUGACUAUACACCAGAGAACACACACAGGAGAGAAGCCUUACCACUGCUCUGACUGUGGAAAGCGUUUUCUUAAGUCAGGACAUUUAAAAUCACACCAGAGAACACACACAGUAGAGAGACCUUAUAGCUGUGAUCAAUGUGGGAAGAGUUUUACACACUCAAGCUGCCUGAUAGUACACCAGAGAACACACACAGGAGAGAAACCUUAUAGCUGUGAUCAGUGUACGAAGAGUUUUGUUACUUCUAGCCGUCUGACUAUACACCGGAGAACACACACAGGAGAGAAACCUUAUGCCUGUGUUCAAUGUGGGAAGGGUUUUGUUACAUCUAGCAGUUUGAUUAUACACCAGCGGACACACAGGAGAGAAAUCAAUGUGGCAAGAGAUACUCUGGUAAAAAAUCUCUGAUUAAACUAUCAGAAAAUACAGCCUCCCGUGUGGCGCAGUGGUCUAAGGCAUCAGUGACAGUGUACUAGUCACGAUAUACACCCCCAAAGGGCCACGUCGUGACAGUGUACUAGUCACGAUAUACACCCCAAAGGGCCACGUCGUGACAGUGUACUAGUCACGAUAUACACCCCAAAGGGCCACGUCGUGACAGUGUACUAGUCACGAUAUACACCCCAAAGGGCCACGUCGUGACAGUGUACUAGUCACGAUAUACACCCCAAAGGGCCACGUCGUGACAGUGUACUAGUCACGAUAUACACCCCCAAAGGGCCACGUCGUGACAGUGUACUAGUCACGAUAUACACCCCAAAGGGCCACGUCGUGACAGUGUACUAGUCACGAUAUACACCCCAAAGGGCCACGUCGUGACAGUGUACUAGUCACGAUAUACACCCCAAAGGGCCACGUCGUGACAGUGUACUAGUCACGAUAUACACCCCAAAGGGCCACGUCGUGACAGUGUACUAGUCACGAUAUACACCCCCAAAGGACAACGUCGUGACAGUGUACUAGUCACGAUAUACACCCCAAAGGGCCACGUCGUGACAGUGUACUAGUCACGAUAUACACCCCCAAAGGGCAACGUCGGGACAGUGUACUAGUCACGAUAUACACCCCAAAGGGCCACGUCGUGACAGUGUACUAGUCACGAUAUACACCCCAAAGGGCCACGUCGUGACAGUGUACUAGUCACGAUAUACACCCCAAAGGGCCACGUCGUGACAGUGUACUAGUCACGAUAUACACCCCAAAGGACCACGUCGUGACAGUGUAC